GGCGUGUUUCUGCCAAUCGUGGCUGGACCGUCAGAAUUUCACCCCUUCUAUCUCUUUUCCUCCGUCCUCCCCCACGUGCGGUCUGCGCUGCGCCACACAGAGACCGACGCAGACAGUCACAGCUCCUCCGUCCUCCCCUCCAUCAUGAUGCUGAAGAAGUUGAGCUCCUCUGUGGCUCCUCGCUGCAAGCAGGCCUUCCAGGGCCGCGCUCUGAGCUCCAAGGCUCUUGUGGACACUUACGAGUCGCCCGACCACUACUUCGAGAAGGACCGUAUCGAUGCCGGAGACCCGAGCAAGCGCGCCUUCACGUACUUCAUGCUUGGUGGUGCCCGUGUGGCCUACGCCACCGCUGCGCGUCUGGCUGUCGUCAAGUUUGUGGGCAGUAUGAGCGCAUCUGCCGAUGUGCUGGCUCUGGCUACGGCCGAGUUCGAUCUGAGCAGCAUUAACGAGGGCUCGACUGUUACCGUUAAGUGGCGUGGUAAGCCCAUCUUCAUUAAGCACCGUACGGCCAAGGAGAUCGAUAUCUCGAACCAGGUGGACGUGAGCAACCUGCGUGACCCCGAGACGGACGCUGUUCGUGUGCAGAAGCCCGAGUGGCUCGUGGUGCUCGGUGUGUGCACUCACUUGGGCUGUGUGCCCACGUCGGACGCUGGUGAGUACGGCGGCUGGUUCUGCCCGUGCCACGGCUCUCACUACGACCUGUCGGGCCGCAUCCGUAAGGGCCCCGCCCCGCUCAACCUCGAAAUCCCGCCGUACAAGUUCAUUGAGGACGACAAGAUCCUGCUGGGUUAAGUUGGUUUGCGAUGGGAUGGCGUACAUGCUGUUGCUGAAAGGAGACGUGACACGAAAGAGAACGUGUCGACUUUUUAAGUUUUCGUACAUUGGAAGCAGCGGGUAUAGCGACGGAAAAGACCAAAAAAAUACCAAAAAGACCUUGAUAAUCUUUGGGAACGGUUUGAUAUGAGAAACGAUUCUCAGUGCUGAAAGGAUGAAUUGGCAUAUUGUACAUUAAACGUGCGGGUAACGCCAAGUUCUGUCUGCCGCUUCUGAGGGCUUUGUUAGUGUAAUUCAUACAGAUUUUCACGUCGAAAGGCUCAGUUGCGCUGUAUAAAACAAUUCCCGUCGUCAAACCUUGGUAACAAUUGAAGAAUCAAAAACUCGUGCUGU